AUGGGACAAACGUAUAUUCUUGUGGUUACAACUCAUAUCAGCUCUGAAAUAGGAAGUUUCUCAGUCUCCGCUGAUGGACCCGGCUCCGUCGGUCUUACGUCCAUCACUCCAUCAACAAGUCAACCAAUAAUAACAUUAUCUACUGCACCGCCAAUGUCAUCAUCCUUUGCGGGUGCACUGUCGUCCAGCAGUCCAAUAUUCUAUCGACCUAAUAUCUCUGCUACUGGGCCUGCCUCUGCCGGUCUUAUAUCGAUCACUCCAUCUACGAGUCAGCCAAUAACAACAAUAUCUACGGCAUCUUCUGUGUCAUCGUCAUAUGCGAGUGCAUUAUCAUCCACCAGUCCAGUAUUUUAUCGACCUUACGGUGACACCGACGUUACAACACAUUCAGAUUAUGAAACAGGAAGUUUCUCAAUCUCUGCUAUUGGACCAGCCUCUGUCGGUCUUAUGUCGAUCACACCAUCAACAAGUCGGCCAAUUGUAACACCGUCUACGGCACCUUCUGUAUCAUCGUUGUAUGCUGGUACACUAUCAUCUAGUAGUCCAGUUUUUAUUCGACCUAACAGUGUCUUCGAUGACUACAGCUACUUUCAGGCAAUACAGCAGACAACAUUUGUAACUUGUUUUAUGUAUCGAACUUAA